AUGUUAGCAGAUUUAGUGGAGGAGCUGAAGAAGACUGGACUCCAAGCUGCUCCUGCUGAUCACUGCUAUGCUGGAGCUGAAGAUGUGGCCUGUGAUGUCUGCACCGGGAGAAAACUCAAAGCACACAAGUCCUGUCUGCAAUGUCUGGCUUCUUACUGUGAGAAACAUCUUCAGUUUCAUUAUGAAUCAGAGACAUUCAAGAAACACAAGCUGGUGGAGCCGUCCAAGAAGCUCCAGGAGAACGUCUGCUCUCGUCAUGAUGAGGUGAUGAAGAUGUUCUGCCGUACUGAUCAGCAGCUUAUCUGUAAUCUCUGCUCUGUGGAGGAACAUAAAGGCCAUGAUGUGACAGCGGCCGUGUCAGAAGUCAGAGAUAAACUACAGGACGUCCUGAGAGAGAAGAGGACAAACGUCUCACUGACAGGGACUGAAGUGGACGUUUUACUGCCACAACCAGAGCCCAAGACCAGAGCUGGAUUCUUAAAAUAUUCACGUGAAAUCACACUGGAUCCAAACACAGCAUACACAUGUCUGUUAUUAUCUGAGGGGAACAGGAAAGCAACAUUAUUUUGUCAACAACAGCCUUAUUCUAGUCAUCCAAACAGAUUCACUUACUGGUGUCAGGUCCUGAGUAGAGAGAGUCUGACUGGACGUUGUUACUGGGAGGUGGAGAGGAGAGGAGGGAGAGGAGUUUCUGUAGCAGUCGCAUACAAGAAUAUCAGCAGAGCAGGGAGGUCGGAUGAAUGUAGAUUUGGAUACAAUGACAAAUCUUUGGCGUUAUAUUGUAUCAACAACAAAUAUACAUUUUGGUCUAACAAAGUCCAAACUCCCGUCUCAGGUCCUGAGUCCUCCAGAGUAGGAGUGUACCUGGAUCACAGUGCAGGUAUUCUGUCCUUCUACAGCGUCUCUGAAACCAUGACUCUCCUCCACAGAGUCCAGACCACAUUCACUCAGCCGCUCUAUGCUGGACUAAUGUUGUAUUGGACUGGAGCCUCUGCUGAGUUGUGUAAACUGAAAUAGACAGAAGUCAUUUAAGGGUUAAAUUCUGUGGUUUAACUCUUCGACUUAUUUAGUCUCCAUGUUUGUUGCUGAGAGCUGAUUGUUGUGUCAUUCUAUUUUUUUGACGUUUUUGUUGCUUUUAUCAAUGUUUUUUGGUCAGUUUUUCGACAUUGUUUUUUUUUUUGCCUUUAUCACCGUUUUAGACGUGUUGAUGUUUUUGGUGCUUUUUUUUUUCCUCACUAAAACUGCUCCGUCACAGAGAAAUGAGCAGAGUUUUCUAUCACUUGUUGCUUUUUACAGCCAACAUUUCCUCUUUGCACUGAGUCAAUAAAUAUUACACUAAAACUG